AUGAAAUCUGUUCUAUUGAGAACCGGUUCAGUUCCGAUCCAAUCACUGGUUCGCUCCGGUUCACCUAAAAUCUCUCUCACGCGUUGCGAUUCAGUGACAAACUUCUUCUCCGGCGAGAAGACCGGAGUUAGUUCUCCGAGAAUUUCGCUGCAUUUGGAUAAUAAUCGCCGCGGGAGUGCAACUCCAAUUCGGAGGGCGCUGUCGGAGAGUGACGUCAUCAGAUCGGAGAGAGAGGUUUCCGGAGGGCUGACGAAGCUUUCCGGUACUGGUUUGCAGUCUUUUCCGGCGAUAAUACCAGAGGAACAUGUGUUUGGGGACAGUGUGGAUGAUUGCGCUGGAACCUGGCAGAAGAGCGGGAUUCCGUUGGAGGAGCUAGGUUUUUCCGGUGAUGGAUUCGGAAAAUCUGACGGCGGACGCGGGGGAAGCAGCGGUGAUGAUUGGAGAGGCGGUGUUGAUGUGAGCAAAAUCGGAGAUUAUUAUAAGCAAAUGUUGAAGUCAAACCCAAAGGAUGCUUUGAUUCUAAGAAACUAUGGAAAAUAUCUACACGAGGUGGAGGGAGAUGUGGAGAAAGCCGAGGAGUAUUACGGGAGAGCAAUACUGGCGAGUCCAGGAGAUGGAGAGGUGCUGUCUUUGUAUGGUAAAUUAAUAUGGGAAACAAAAAGAGAUGGGGAGAGAGCUAAAUCUUAUUUUGAUCAAGCUGUUUUUGCCUCUCCUAAUGAUUGUAUGGUAUUGGGAUCAUAUGCAAAUUUUAUGUGGGAGGCAGAGGAAGCUGAUGAUGAGGAAAAAAAUGAUAAUAAGAGGGAGGUGUUAUCAGCAGCGGCCGUGGUUGCUGUUUUUUAG